GCAUUUUCAUCAGUCGUGUAAGUUUUUCUGCUCGCUGCUGUUCUACUUCCUUAUUCGCCUGUGAGUACUGUUUCCUCUUUUUCUCACUGAUGUGGUUCUUCGUCCGGACGCAGCCUCGGAUAAGUCUGCUCUGUUAGCCCGUCAGAGAAAAGAUAGAGUUUUUUACAAAGUAGUAUGAGUGCAGUUUGUUGGUGGCGUUGACUUGAGUUCAGUGACUGCAUGUUACUCGUGCUGAGCCGCAGAGCUUGUGCAAGACGGCUUCAGUGCCUGCCUCCAUGUGUUCAACUGUACGAGAGUGAAGGACGACACAGGGUGAAAUGUGUGUGUAGGUGUGUGUCAGCCAUGUAUGUCUCUGUGUAGUAGCAUACACGCUGUGUGUGUUUGGUGUGUGUGUGUGUUGUGCCGUUGGUGUUUGUGAUGUCAGGAGACACCAGCACCCUGUCCUGGAGGAGCAUGUCUCCCAUCAGCAGGUCCGACUCCUCGGAUGCGUCUCCCACAACAUCUGUCGGCAGGGACGGCAUCUUCCCGGUGAAGAUCAUCAAAGUGUGUUUCCUUAGCAACAGCUCCAACCUGGGCAAGAACUUCAAACUGGUCCGCUGUGAGGAGGGCUGGACCGUCAGGGCUAUCAUCAAUAUGGUGCUGUCCAGUGGCUGUGUGGGUCCAGAUAUAAAACAUGGCCUCUGCUACGGCCUCCUCCUCAAACACCUAAAGUCCUCAGAGAUACACUGGCUGCACCCAGACCUGACGGUGUCUGAACUCACCCAGCGCUAUGAGCAGCAACACUUAGAGGCUGAGUGGAGAUAUGACCUGAGGAUCAGAUACAUCCCAUCAGACUUCAUGGAGAACUUCAAAGACGACAGAACCACCAUGCUCUACUUUUACCAGCAGGUACGAAGCGACUACAUGCAGCAGUACGCCUCAAAAGUCAGCGAUGGGAUGGCUCUGCAGCUCGGCUGUCUGGAGAUUAGGAGAUUCUACAAAGACAUGAAUCCAAACGGACUGGAGAAGAAGUCCAACUUUGAGCUGUUAGAAAAGGACGUGGGCCUGGACCUGUUCUUUCCCAGAGAGCUGAUUGACAGCAUGAAGCCAAAGCAGCUGCGUCGGCUCAUCCAGCAGACCUUUCAGGGCUACUCAACUCUGACCCAGGACCAGUGCAUGGCCAAGUUCUUCACCACUCUGGCUCAGUGCUACAGCUACACACAGGAGAGCUUUGCGUGUCAGCUGGUGCACGGCUGGAGUGUGGCAAUAGCGCUGGUCAUUGGCCCUGAAGGCAUCAGUCAACAAACUGAGAACUCAAAACCCAGUUGUCUGGCUGAGUUCUCUCAGGUCCGCAGCAUCUCCUGUGCACCUGAAAGCGACGGUCGGGCUCUGCUCACUGUGAACAUAGAGGCCAAGCAGCCGCUGUCAGUGAACACCUCCUCCCUGGCUGUGGCAGAGAACAUGGCCGACCUGAUUGACGGCUACUGUCGACUGCAUGGCUGCUCUGAGAGCUCGCUCAUUGUCAGGCCCAGCAAAGGAAGAGACGCAAAACUGAAACUGCCUGACAUCCCAAAACGCGUUGGUCCCAGUGGUUCUGACAGAGGUUUGAGCUCUGAUAUUUAUGCUGAGAUUCCAGAGGGCACGGCAGAGUCCACAGACAAACACAGCAUAUCCAGAGACGACGUUGUCGUGGGUCGGAUCUUGGGCGAGGGAUUCUUCGGAGAGGUUCACGAUGGAGUCUAUAAAAGCCCAACAGGAGAGAGGAUCCGUGUGGCUAUCAAAACAUGUAAGGACUGCUCAGGGGAUGUAAAGGAGAAGUUUCUCAGUGAGGCUGCACUGAUGAAAAAUCUGGAUCAUCCCCACAUUGUGCGACUCAUCGGGGUCAUUGAGGUCGAUCCUGUCUGGAUCGUCAUGGAGCUCUAUGAACAUGGAGAGUUGGGGAACUAUCUGGUGGAGCAGCAGUAUAUCCUGACUGGAACAACAUUAAUCCUGUACUGUCUACAAAUCUGCAAAGCCUUGGCUUACCUGGAAGGACUCAACAUGGUGCACAGAGAUAUAGCAGUGAGAAACGUCCUGGUGGCGGCGCCUGAUUGUGUCAAACUCGGUGACUUCGGUCUGUCUCGCUAUGUUGACGAACAAGAGUACUAUAAAGCCUCAGUCAGUCGAUUACCAAUCAAAUGGAUGGCACCUGAAUCCAUCAACUUCAGGCGCUUCACCACAGCCAGUGACGUCUGGAUGUUUGGUGUGUGUGUGUGGGAGAUCUUCUCAAUGGCCCAGCAGCCGUUCUUCUGGCUGGAGAACGGACAGGUGAUAAACCAGCUGGAGUCAGGAGUACGACUCCCCAAACCUCAGUUCUGUCCGCCCACCAUCUACUCCCUGCUCACCCGCUGCUGGUCCUACGAGCCGCAGAGCCGGCCCAGCUUCAGCCAGCUCGUCUGCUCCCUCAGUGAGAUCCACAGGAUGGAGCAGGAGCAGGAGAAGGAGGUGAAGCCAGACAGGCCACGCCCUAUCCCAUCAGUGUAUAACUCCAACCACGCAGGCCCUCCACCCAAGCCAUCCAGAAUACAAGGCAACACCCUUCCCCGGGUCUCACGCAUACAGCCAGCAGAGAGGGAUACCAGGCCAGUGUGGGAGAAAGAGAGAGAGCACAUGGAGAGCACUUUACAAAGACAAAGAAGAGAGAUGAUGAUGGAUAAACAGUGGCUGGAGCAGGAGGAGAGACAUCUGGAUCCUGUGGUGCGACAGGAUUCUCAAAUCAAGCCUCCUGAGAAAAGCUCUCAAAAUGGUCCUCCAGAGAAGCCCCCAAUGCCUCCUGCAGUCACACAGCCUCGCCCCACAGCCGAGCUGGACCGAUCAGGUGAUGAGGUUUACACCGGCGUCAUGAAGAUGGUGAAACAGGUGGUCCAGCUGAAGAAUGACAUCAACAUGCUGCCUGCCUCCGAGUAUCCCAGCGCCGUCAAAACGGUGGGGGUCACCCUCCGUACCCUGAUUCAAAGUGUUGAUGACAUCCUGCCCUCUCUGCACUGCUCUGUCACCACGGAGAUUGAAGGCACCAAGAAACUGUUGAACAAGGAUUUAGGGGAUUUGAUCAAUAAGAUGCGACUGGCUCAGCAGAACUCUGUAACGUCACUGAAGGAGGAGUGCCAGCGGCAGAUGUUGGCGGCAGCUCACACUCUCGCGCUCGACUCCAAAAACCUGCUGGACGCUGUGGACCAGGCUCGGGUCAGGGCCAAUCUGGCCAAGCCCAGACCCGACAGACAGGAUGCAGAAGAUUCAGGGGAAUGAGAAGAAAGCACAAUGAACUGGUUUAAAACAAGGACAUGGAGUUUUAGCAGGUUUUAACAAAGCUCUGUUCACAUAGAGGGAGAGUGCAACACUUCCUGCACUCAUGCUAAAUAACAGAUAUCAUAAUAUAUUUGUAUUUUCUCCCAAAGAAACUCAAUCACAGUAAGAAGAAGGUAAAUAAUGAUGACAACUAUGACAGUGUAUAAAAGCAGUAACAUUUGUGUAUUCUUUAUUUUUUGCUAUUAAAGACAAUGACAUUCUGCACCUCCUGUGUUAUUUUUUUCUUUCUUUUUUUUUUCUUUUCUUAUCAUAAGUCAACUGAUUUAUAUUACACCCCACCCUUGGUUGUCUCUAUCAGGCACACAACACUCCACUACUGACCCAAAUCAACCACAGAUAACACCUUAAACAACCAAAUCCAUCAGUUUUAACAAUCAAGAAAUUUUAAUUAAUAACACAUACAACUUUUGUCAGUCUAGGUUCUGGAUUUCUGGACCUCCUUCCAUGUAUGAUGAGUGUCCAAUUCAGUCAGUGUGAUUAACAUUAGGACUGAAUUGAUGAGGAAGACCAUGAGCUUUUCACAUUUGAAUCAAAUGUAAAUGAUUGGGAUCCAGUUCAGCACAGUCUUUUUACGGCCACUUUUCAAACCAGGGUCACACCGAGUGAGCGAAUGCCAUUGACAUGUAAGAACUGGGUGUUUAAGCUGUACACAGUGAACCAUGGUAUUAUUUACAUUCCAGUUUAUCCAGGUCAGAUAUGAUUUUGAAGCAGAAGCUGGUUUGAACAUGAUCUGUGAAGUAUCAAGUAUCACUGCUUUAGAUUCCACUGAAAGUCUGAUAGUAACAGUGAAGUGUUGCAACGUGUUUAGUUUGAAGUUUGCGUAACGUCAAGGACAAAUUACUUUUGCUAAAUAAUCUGCAUUUGCAUAUACUUCUAUAUUAUUGGCUACACACAUAACCUGGCUUCCAAAUACUUGCAAAAUGUUGCCGUAUUUUAAACUUUCAAACCAACCUGGGUCAGUUAUUUAGAUAUAAACAUGUCCUCAGGUCGGUCAAAGCCAAUUACAAAUUAUAAACAUCGCAUUUCUGUACUUUUUCAAAAAUAAAAUGUAUGAGUGAAUAUGA